CAGCCCCCUCCUGGGACAGAGGCCAGAGACGCUGUGUUUACAAGGAAAGCGAUUUGGGAGAUGCCUCUAUUUGUGUGAGGAGCAAAGCCUCAGUGAGAGAGAGAGGGGUACAGUGCUCUUUUUAAGAGGAGGGGACGCAACCUCACAAAGGAGCCAAGUCUCUCACUGAGGAGGAAGCAGGCAGACAAUGACUUGGAUAUGACUGACUGUGCUCCCCUGUCCUAGGACAGGGAAGGAGCACCCAUCUCUGGGGCAGAUGGGUGUUGGUAUUGUGUGUUUGAUGCCAAACCAUGUGCUGACUCUGCCGUAUUCCAGUGUGGGCUCCUGGGUCUUCCCAUAAAACCUGGUGUUCGUGCCAGGAAACCAGGGGGAAGGCAGGAUGACACCUUGGUUUUCCUGUUCUUCCAAGCACAAGCAAACUGCCGACUGGAGCAAAUACGAUGAUCGUUUGAUGAGAGGAGCAGAGAGGGGCGAUGUAGAGAAGAUUUCAUCCACGCUCACAAAGAAGGGUGUGAAUCCCAGCAGGCUGGACUUGGAGGGUCGCUCCGCAUUCCACGUUGUUGCUUCAAAGGGUCACCUGGAGUGUCUGAAUGCCAUCCUAUUACAUGGGGUGGAUCUCACGGCCCCCGAUGCUGCCGGGAGAAAUGCAUUGCACCUGUCUGCGAAGUAUGGCCACUCCCUAUGUCUGCAGAAGCUACUGCAGUUUAACUGCCCGACAGAGAAUGUGGAUCUGCAGGGCAGGACAGCGCUGCAUGACGCAGCCAUGUCCGACUGCUGUUCCAGUGUGCAGCUUCUAUGUGAUCACGGGGCGUCUGUAAAUGCAAAAGACUUGGAUGGAAGAACCCCACUUGCAUUAUCCACACAGAUGUGUCGUCCAGCAGUAUGCCAACUCCUAAUAGAGAAGGGGGCAGAUAUCAAUGCCCGGGACAAGCAAAAUAAGACGGCUCUGAUGCUUGGCUGUGAAUACGGAUGCAGGGAGACUGUGGAAGUGCUGCUGAGAGCAGGGGCUGACGUUGGCCUAGUUGACGCCUUGGGACAUGACUGCGCCUAUUACAGCAGGAUCGGAGAUAAUCUGGAUAUCCUGUCCAUGAUCAGGACAGCGGUUGAGAGCUCUCCUCGAGGGACAGAACCUGUACGUAGCAUGGUGUCUUUACGCUCGAAAUGGGCAAAGCAUAAUUCAAAAGAGGAGUCGCAGGCAAAGUCUAAGGACCAGUCACAGGACUUGGAAGCUGAAAACGAUGAUCUCCGGGAAAGACUGAGGAAGAUACAACAUGAGCAACGCAGCCUGCUAGAUAAAGUGGGGGGCUUACAGCUACAACUGAACCAGGAACAGAUGAUGACUGAUGACCUAGAGAGCGAGAAGGAGGAGCUGAAACUGCUGCUGGAAGCAAAAGAAAAAGAAUUGGAAGAGAGUCUGAGAACUAUGGAGAACCUGCGAGGAAAAGUGCGAUAUUAUGAGCAGAAGAAUAACUCCACACCAAGCAGUCCAUUCAGCCCUGGAAAAGAAGAGGUUGUAAUGAAGCAGAAUCUUGUUCUAAGCCUCGACCCACAGCUUGCAGCUAACCUGCCGGCCAGGUCUCAGCUGCGACCCUUGGAGCUUCCUGGGGAGAAUACCGAACAGCGUCAAGAGUUAGAGACGGUUCGCAGAUACUAUGAGGUGGCCAGGGAAGAAGCACUGAGGCUUCAGCAGGAGCUGUCACGGAGAUCUUCGGAGUGUUUGGCACUGGCCUCUGAGAGAGACCGGAGCAAAUUGGAGUCAGACCAGCAGAUCAGACAGCUGGAAGAAGCUCUGCGUGAUGUGCAGAAGCGCAUGCUAGACUCCGAGAGCAAAGUGAAGCAGAUGCAGUCACACUUCCUGGCCCUCAAAGAUCACCUGACUCAGGAAGCUCUGAGUGGCAGCUCUCGUGCAGAUGAACUGCAGGAACAGCUGAGGGAGAUAAAGGGGAAAUAUGAAGGCGCAUCUGCUGAAGUUGGGAAGCUACGCAACCAGCUGCGCCACAACGAGCUGUUGGUUCAGGAGCUGCGCAGAGAGGAUGUUCGCUUGCGCAAAGAGAACCGUCGGCUGCAGGACGAGCUAGCGGUGUGCGAGGAGGACAAGGAGCAUGCAGAGCGAAGGGCCCAGGAAGCUGGAGAGCAUCUGGCUCUCGCCGUCACAACAGAUAAGUUCGAGAACAUGAGAUGUCUCCUGACCAAUGAGGUGAAUGAGAAGUCACGGAGCCUGGAGGAGGCAGGGCAGGCGUUGUCACGGCUUAAAGAUGAGAUGGAGACUGCAAACAGGGAGAAGAAGAGAUCAGAUGCAAAGUGGGACAUGCUUAAGAAGGAGUUGGAUGAAAUAAAAGUAAAGAGCAGCACUCUCACUCGGGAAAACGAGAAGCUGCAGGCAGAGAAAGUCCUGCUGCAAAGGCAGAUUGAGGAGUUAAAGGGGCAGAUGAGAAGUAAACAUGUCCCAGCACAGCUGCACGCAGAGACCAAGAGAGCCUGUGAGGAGACCAUUGCCCAGCUAAGCCAAAAAUUAGCAGAGUCCGAGCAGAAUCACCGGACGGCUGAGCUGGAGCAGGGCAAGUUGCUGGAGGAGAGAAACACCUUAAAGGAGGGCAUAGUGCUCCUCCAGGCAUCCACCACUCCUCGUCAGGAACAUGAAAAAGAUAUGAAGGAUCUGCAGUUAAAGGUCAAACAACUGCAGACACAGUUGGCAGAAGCAUCAAAGAAAUGUGAGGAGGAAGCAAGCAGAGCUAGUUCUCUCCUUUUAGAAAAUGCCAGUCUGCGGGAAAACCACAUUCCGCUGACGACACACCUGCAGGCCUCUGCCUCACUGACCACGGAGUUGGAGAAAGCUAAAGCUGAGGUGGCCAUAACCAGGAAGCAACUAGAUAGCGAGACAAAAGGCCUGACCGAGAUACGAGCAGAGUUACAGAGCGAGGCCACCAAGCAAGCAGCCCUGCAAGCACAGCUGGUCAGCGAGAUGGCACUGAAGUCAGAAUUGCAGUCGCAGCUGCAGAGCAAGGUCUCAAAAGAGGCAGAAUUGCAAAAAAAGCUGAACAGUGAGGCUGCAAUAAAUGCAGAAUUGCGGUCUCAAAUAACUAAAGAAUCUACCACACAUGCAGAGUUGAAGUUGCAGCUGCAGAAACUGAACGAACAGAUACGUUCUGAUUAUGUGACUCGGGAGGAACACAAGGAAAAAGUGUCAGAGCUGCAGAAAUGCGAAGAGGAGAUGAAGCGAGAGUAUUUAAAGGCACAUGCGGAUUACCAGAGCGAAAAAGGGGAGGCGAAGAGACUGCAGGCAGCUCUCAAAGAACAGAGAGCAGAACUGGACACGUUACAGCAUUGCAUCACUGAAAAGUAUGCUCCGCUUACCAGCAUGGAAGAAAAGGAGAAGAGCUUCCAGGCAAUACAGAAAGAAAUGGAGUCAGAGUUACAGAAACAGUGUCAUUUUACGGAGGAGAUGCAAGAUUCUCUUUUGAAGCAGCAGCAGGAAACUACGAACGUCCGGGUAAAACUGGAGAUUGCCGAGCGUAGCCUUCUUGAUGAACGCACAGCUCGAAACCAGGAAGAGGGUGCAAUGCUCAGAGAGUUGGAGGAACUGCGAGGCUGCGUGGAGGAUUUGCAGAAGUUGCAGGUAGUUGCCACUGAGAAACACCAUGUGUUACAGCAAGAGAAUCUCCAAGCCACUAAGAAUAUGAAAGAACUUCAGGAAUGCCUGAACAGUCAAUACAUCCCCAUAGACAAUCACAAUGAGCUGAAGACCACACUGAAGAACACCAAAGCUACUUUAGAGGCUGAGCUGAAGGCCCAGGUUAACUUGAGUGAGAAGAUGCAGGAGAGAGUCUGGAAUUUGCAGCAGGAACUGGAGGAGCAGAAAGGUUGUUCUGUCCCUAGCGCACAGCAUGCUGAGGAAAAGAAUGCCUGGGAGAGGAGAGAGGCUACAACACAGAAGAUAUUAAGGAAAAAAGAGGAGGCGUUGCAGGCAGCUGAAAAGGAGAUGAAUAGACUCCAAGAGGAAUUGAAGAGGGCACAGCUAAACCUGCAUGAACUGCAGAACAUCAGAGAAAGGGAAAAAUCAGAGUCCGCUGCUGUGAAGACUGCUCUAGAUGCCCAAGUGGCCCAGUUGGCGGAAACCAGCAAUAGGUAUAUGGAGGAUAGCAAACAAGUGGCCCAAGAACUGAAAGAAGUGUUGAAGCAGAGUGAGAAACUAAAGCAGAAGAUCAACGGACAAGAACAAGAGAUUACUCAAAUCAUGGGAAGGCAUGAACAGUCACGUUCUACCAUAGCGGAACUGCAGGAAACCAUUCAGAGGUCCUCCAGAGACCUAGAAAGUAAAGAAAAGCAGAUCCGUUCUCUUCUUAACGAUGUGGACAGGCUGAAGCGCACUUUGUCCCAGCAUCCGGGGAAGAACCAAUCCGCAGAGGUUCUACAGAAUCAGAUCAAAUCACUACAGUGCCAAUUGGAUGAGACCCAGCGCAGACACCAGGAGAUCAUCUCCAUCUAUCGGUCACACCUGCUGAGCGCUGUGCAGGGCCACAUGGAUGCAGAUGUACAAGAUGCAUUGCUACAGAUCAUCCACAUGCGGCAAGAACUGGUUUGCUGAUCUUCCUGCCGCUGCCACAGAAUAUAUAAAUGGGCGGGGUAGCAGGCAAUGUAACUAUUCUAGAGGACAAUUCCAUAAACUCUACAAUACUUACACCCACAGCCAAUACACACUUUGCAGAGAGCACAGACUGUGAUAGACACUGGAUAGAAUGUGGUCACUAAGGAUGGAAAAAGAAAAGGAUAUAUAGGAACAUUAGAUAGAGGGGAAUUGUGAUCUGGGAUUGGAGGACGUGACAAAUUACGUUUUCAGAGAGUAAUAGGAAAGUUGGCGUUGAUCUGAAGGAGGUGGUCAAACCAAGGUUAUCCAGGAGAGGAAACAUGGAUGUGAAGAAAGAAAAGCAAGUGAUAGAGGGAUUUGUGCAAGCUGGGAGAGGAAAGGAAGAUAUGAUGAAGGUGGAAGAGAGUAGUGGUGAGGAGGAUGGGAGAAAGUCUGGACCUGGGUGGAUGAUGUAGAAUGUGGACGCACCUAGAAAGGUGCUCGGUGGAAGUGUUUGAUCUUAUAGAAAAUACAAGGCCAUAGUAAUGUUUAUACACUGAUGGAAUGAGGGUGACCUGUUUUAGCAAAGACACUAAACAGAGAAAGGGACCUAUGAAAUUAAUUAUGGAGGUUCCCAUUGAAAUACAGCACACUUGGUUUUUAUGAACUUCAAUUAUUUGUCAGUCAUGGGUUGGGUUUUCUGGUCCAUUAGUUAUCACUAACUAUGAGCUUAUUGAUCAGCAAGUGAGUUAUUAUUCCUGCUAGUAGAGUCACUGAUUGGGUAGAGCAUGGUCUCUGCCAGCUGCUUAUCUGUUGAGUGCCAGGUGUUCCAUGUCUUAGAUCACUGCUUCUCGAACUCACUCCUCAAGGCACACAAACAGUCCAGGUUUUAAGUUUAUCCAUGCACAGGUGACUUACAUAGUGUAUUUUUUUUAGUUGAGGUAUGGAGGGGAGCGUAUUUGGUCUGUUGUACUAAUGGCUCUCUAAUCCUUCUGCCAUGAUUGUCACCUUGCUCUGCCAGGGGUGGGAGAAACAUUUGAGUGUGAACCAGUGAAACCAAGCAAAACUGGUGAAAUCCUGGAGACCUGAGAGAGGAGAAGAGUCAAAGACUAGCAAACAGUGCAGUAUCCUCAUCCAACUACCCGUAUGUCAUACAAGUUACGGACUUGGUUGGCAAUGUUUGUUUUUGCGUGUGUAUAUAUACAAUAUAUAUACAAUAUAUAUGUAUAUAUACAAAAUAUAUAUGUGUGUGUGUGUGUGUGUAUAUAUAUAUAUAUAUAUAUAUAUAUAUAUAUAUAUAUAUAUAUAUAUAUAUAUAUAUAUAUAUAUAAAUAUUUUAAAGAAACAUUUUAGAUUUGUCUUUAUACCGGUUUACACUUUCCAAUACAAGUUUACACUCCAAGUACAUAGGUAGAGAGCUAUAUUUAUAAAUAUAUAUAUAUAUUUUGUAUGGAUAUUUGGAUUGAUUUACCUAUUCUGUGGAAUUGAUCAGCUGGUCUGACGCCAGUUCCAUGUGAGCUAAUUAAGUAGUGUGUAGUCCUACAGGUGGCAGAACUAUACAGUAUUCCUGUAGUCCUAUAGGUUGGGUUUAUACACCUAUUUUACUUCUUGUCAUAGGUAAUAAUGUUAUUUAUGUAGCUGCAUACAUCUUUACUCAAUGACGUUGGCUUUUGGAGUGUUGGGUGUUAUUUGGGCAAAUGUGUAACGCUCCUGUCUGUACUUCUGAGUUAUAUUAUACUAUGGGCUUCUGAACUGGAUUAAUAUAAACUAAAAUAAAUGUAGAUUAUGCGCAA